UUUUCCUUUCCUCGAAGACGAGUGAAUAAAUCGACGACAGUCAACAGUUUUUUGUCGAGUAAUACCAGGUUUUCUCGGGUAAUGAUAUCGCUACAGGCGAACACUUGUUAUUCACACGAGAAUUUUUAUUGUCUUCGUACGUUCGUGAGGUCGGUCAACAAUAACACGAUUUAGUAAUUGAAAAACCAUUAGUGGGAUAAGAAGUAAUCAGUCGGAGCUCAUUUGCGUUGAAUGUCGAUGGGGGGGAGCGAUCAAGCCACUUCCAGCCGAAAUAAUCUGACAUGAUCUGUCAACGAAACCGUCAAAUCUCUUUUCGUGUCACGAAUGGAGGGGGGGAGGGUGCCUCCAGGUGAUAUAAUGACAUGAUCAACGCAUAUCGACGAUAAAUACCAGGUAAUCCGUGAGGCUUCUUACACUUAUCGAGUCUGAUGUCAUAUUAGUCAUCUUGAAGAUGCCCAAUCAGGCCUGUCACUCGUGCCUGUUACCUGCCACUGAUUACAGCGUAGCCUGAGGUGGAAUGUGUACGUUACGAUCGUGAAUAUCGGUGGUAAUGCCAGAGGAGUUGGUUGUGACAGUUUGUUGUUACGGAGUUUGUUAAUUAAUAAAUAAUUCAACAUGACAUCGAUGGAAAUUAUCUCGGCGAGACGACCCAAGUUUUGGCCGCAGUGGUUUGCUGCAUCAAUAAUCCACGUCCUCGGUCUUCUAUCAGGACUUGUCGGUGGAUGGACCUCCCCAUAUCUAGCAAAAUUAACCCAGGGAAAUGAAUCACUUGUUGUCACGAAGGACGAAGCCUCCUGGAUAGCUUCACUCCUUCAUCUCUCCCGACCCCUCGGCUCCAUCAUCGCAGCUGUCCUCGUCAGCAAAUUCGGGAGUCAGAAGGCGGUCUUUCUCGGCGGACUUCCACACGUCAUCGCCUGGACAUUAUUCCUCAUCAAUGAGUCAGUGUCCUGGAUAUACGCGUCCAGGAUGUUCAGUGGUAUCGCCAUGGGAAUGUACCUGAGCUCGUUCCCACUUUACAUCGGAGAAAUUGGACAUCCCAGGAUCAGGGGCGCUCUCAUUGGCCUCGUCGCUCAGGGAUCCGCCAUUGGGUACCUGUUGGGGAACUACAUGGGGGCUUAUGUCAAGAUGAGAACCUUUGCCAUCAUCAAUCUUGUCAUUAGUGUCGUUUAUAUGGGACUUUUUUACUUCUUCCCGGACAGCUCGCACUAUUUUAUCAGACGGGACAGGGUCGCCCUGGCCGAAAGGUCCUUGAGGUGGUACAAUCGGAAGAAGGAUGUGACGGUUGAGCUCAGGGAGCUCAGGGCGUACAUCGGGCGACCUCAGAAGCUGACCUUGAAAGAGUCUUUUCAGCAGCUGACGACUCCCUUGAACCGGAAAAUACUCGCGAUGAUCGUCUGCGUUUAUCUGUUCAUGCAGCUCAGUGGCAUCAACACCAUUGCCAUGUACCAGGAGAUCCUUCUGACGACCUUGAAGAUCGAUGUCAUACCACCGUCGCUGGUGGUGGUGUGCGUCGGGGUCGUUGCUAUCACAGCUAAUCUACUCGCGAUCUACACGAACGAUCACUUCGGGAGACGAACGAUGCUCGCGGUGUCCACUCUAGGGGUCGCCAUCAACUUCGCUCUCAUCGGUGGUCACUAUUUACUCUUCAGGAAUCAGUACGACAUCUCCAACAUUCAGUGGGUCGUCAUUUCGGAAUUUAUGAUGUACAUAUUCUUCCUGAAUAUUGGACUGACGCAUAUUCCGAGUUGUCUUCUGAGCGAAAUAUUUUCUCCCGAGCUGAAGGAGAUCGGCUCGUGCAUCGCGAAUAUCGUAUGCUCGUUUUCUGCCUUCGUCGCCAGCAAGAGCUAUCAGCCGCUGCUGGACGCCACCUCCGAGGAGUUCAUAUUCUUUUUUUAUGCGAUUCUCGUGUUCCUCAUGUUUGUUUAUACGAUUGUUGUCAUUCCCGAGACGAAGGGAAAGUCGCUACAGGAGAUUCAGGAGAUGUUGACGAAGAGGAGUGAACGAACUAACGAACGAACGAAUGAACGAAUUAAACAGAACGACACGCUGAUAAGACGUCCACGGAAUGAUGAUAUGAUAUCGAAAUCGUAAUUGUUAUUUAAUUGGAUUUUAAUGAAAAUUUAUGGAACGUUUUGUGGCGGUGGACGUGGACACGUGAGCGGAGAAAUAUUUAUUGAAUAGAUUUUUUUUUACUUGAAAUGAUUUUUGUGGUGGGGAAUGUGGAGGGGG